AGGGUCUUUGUGGAAUCCCCAGCCGCCACCUCCCGGAGUCAGCUUUUCUGAAAGCAGUUCUCUCACCGGAUUCGCAGCAGAAUUACCAGGUGGAACACAGGGAUUCCAGUGCACCCAGCCCUGCUGAAUCAGAACGUCUGGGGAUGAUCUAUCUGGUGGCCAAAGCAGCCGUCGGACUGGUGCUGCCCGCCAAGCUUCGGGACCUGUCGCGGGAGAACGUCCUCAUCACCGGCGGCGGGAGAGGCAUCGGACGCCAGCUCGCUCGCGAGUUCGCAGAACGCGGCGCCAGAAAGAUCGUUCUCUGGGGCCGGACUGAGAAAUGCCUGAAAGAGACGACAGAGGAGAUUCGGCAGAUGGGCACCGAGUGCCACUACUUCAUCUGUGAUGUAGGCAACCGGGAGGAGGUAUACCAGACGGCCAAAGCUGUCCGGGAGAAGGUGGGCGACAUCACCAUCCUGGUGAACAAUGCUGCCGUGGUUCACGGGAAGAGCCUGAUGGACAGUGACGAUGACGCCCUUCUCAAGUCCCAGCACAUCAACACCCUGGGCCAGUUCUGGACCACCAAGGCCUUCCUGCCGCGCAUGCUGGAGCUGCAGAACGGCCACAUCGUGUGUCUCAACUCCGUGCUGGCGCUGUCUGCCAUCCCUGGUGCCAUCGACUACUGCACGUCCAAAGCCUCGGCCUUCGCCUUCAUGGAGAGCCUGACCCUGGGGCUGCUGGACUGUCCAGGAGUCAGUGCCACCACCGUGCUGCCCUUCCACACCAGCACCGAGAUGUUCCAGGGUAUGAGGGUCAGGUUCCCCAACCUCUUCCCCCCGCUGAAGCCGGAGACUGUGGCCCGGAGGACGGUGGAAGCCGUGCAGCUGAAUCAGGCCCUCCUCCUUCUCCCGUGGACGAUGCAUGCCCUCAUUAUCUUGAAAAGCAUACUACCACAGGCUGCACUGGAGGAGAUCCACAAAUUCUCAGGAACCUAUACCUGCAUGAACACUUUCAAGGGGAGGACAUAAAGGCAGGAUGCAGAGACAUGCUUGAAAGCCACGGAACCUGAGGGGGCCACGGCACGUGGGCACACCCCCAUGCGCCUGUCCCUUGGCACACUUCUGCUGGGUGAGUGGGACUGUUCCUGUCCCCAGGAAGAAUCCGGGUGAACCCCCAGGCCAGCCCCAGGACCUUUGCACAGGACUGAUGGGCGUAACUCUGACCCCCAUGGGGAGGCAAGAAACCAGCCAGCAGCCACCUUGACACUUUCAUACAUGUCUAAUUCUGUAGAGUUUAUUGUUAAAUUGCUUCUCGAGUCUAACCAGCCUUAGCAGUGUGUUUAGACUGUUUCCAGGAGGGUCUAUACCCAGAUGCUCUUUUCUUUGCAAAAUCCACCCAUCCUCAGCUUGGUUGUAUGGCAAACUGGUUGUAUGGCAGGAAUGAUAAAUAAAGACAUGGUUUUUGCGA